AUGGUGGCUGCGGCCUGUGUCCAGCGCCCAUGGAGCAAGCUGAGUCGGACUGAGCUUUUGUCACUCAUGCAGGAGGCUGCCAGCCAGAAGGGGCUGGCGAAGCACGAGGUGGUCAGUGACAUUUUCUUGGAAACAACACCCUGGACAGUGGCCAACGGUGGGCUCCUGGAGAACCAGAAGCUGAACCGGCGAGUUCUCAUGGAGCGCUAUGGUGAGAGGUCGACCGGGACGUCCUCCGACUCUUUGGCCUUGGUGCGUCGCCGUGCAGAAGCCUUGCGGCGUGGCGUCCAGCUGCCGCUGGUGUCGCAGGAACUCUGGGAGGCAGAUUUGGCCGCCCAGCCUGUGGCACAGGGCUCAAGCGUCCCGCACUCUUCCAGUUUGCAGCGUUUCCUGGUGACUGGCGGCACUGGAUUGUUGGGUGGGGAGCUGAUUCGCGAGCUGCUGGCCCAAGGGAAGCACGUGGUGGCUUUGGUCCGAAAGAAGUCACCCUCCUUGCCCAGCUCGGUGGAGCAAAUCUGUGGAAAUAUCUCGAAGGUCAACUUGGGAGCUGAUCUUUCAAAUGUGGCCUUUGAUGCCGUUUGGCAUUCGGCAGCUGAAGUGAACUGGGCCUUGUCCUAUGAAGAGCUGCGCUUGUGUAAUGUCGUUGGCACCUGGCAGAUCGUUCAGUUGUGCGCCGAAAGAGGCGCCCCCCUUUUCUUCAUUUCCACCAUCUCGGUGGCCGAGCAGAGUGAGAGCAGCUUCAAGUCGCCAGAGGUCCUGUCCAAUGGCUAUGUGCUCUCCAAGCUGGCAGCGGAACGUUAUGUGCACCGAGCCUUCGCGUGCGGCGUCGCAGGGGUCAUCUUCCGCCCUGGCAUGCUCUGGGCCCAUUCCAGCACAGGCCUUCCGGUGUGGCCGAACUUCUUCCCCACGCGCUUUCUGACCGCCUGUGCCCGCCUCCGUUGCGCACCGAGCGCGCCCUUCAAGUGCGAUAUCACUCCAGUGGAUCACGCUGCACAGGUGAUGGUGAAGCUGGCGCUGGCUGUUCACGGAGCCCGUGGCGAGAGUCCGCCACCGUGGCGGGUGUUCCACGUGUUCAAUCCUAAAAGCCCCAGCUCCUUGGCGACGAAGAUGUCAGUGGAUUCUGCCGAACGCGUUCGCUGA